CGCUUCGAGAACCGUCGCCCACGCCACCAAUACCGCUGUGCACCUUCGUCAUGGCUGCACAGCCCAGCACAACUGCACGCCUGCCCGUCGACGCCCUCUUCACCAAGGGACUGCCUAAGAUUGAGCUUCAUGCCCACUUGACCGGCAGCAUCAGUCGCCAGUGCCUGCACGACAUAUGGCAGACAAAGAAGGUGCGCCAUCCUGCCUUCGACCUGCAAGAUCCUCUGGUAGCUAUUCCCACGGGAAAGGUCGACUAUGAUAUCAAAAUGUUCUUCCCGCUGUUUUCCUCGUACAUAUACCGCCUUUGCAGCGAUUUGCCCAGUGUCCAGUAUUCAACCAAAGCUGUGCUGCAAGACUUCCAAAAUGACGGUGUCGUCUAUGUUGAGCUUCGAACAACUCCAAGAGCAAUUCCUGCAGAGAAUGUAACCAAGGAAGAUUACGUCAAGACCAUUUUGGAUAUACUAAAGGCUCACAACGACGAUGCUAACAACACGAUGCGAGCUUUCCUCAUACUGUCCAUCGACCGCCGCAACACCGUCAUAGAGGCAGAAGAGGUGAUUGAUCUUGCCAUCAAGUAUCAGUCUGCCGGGGUCGUCGGUGUUGACCUCUGCGGCGACCCAGCGAAAGGUGACGUGCGCAUUUUCGGCGACAGCUUCGCGCGAGCAAAGGCUGCAGGACUGAAGAUCACGCUGCACUUUGCCGAGAGCGAGCCUUCGUCUUCAGACUUGGAGCUGCAGACGCUUCUAUCAUGGCAGCCCGACAGAAUAGGUCACGUUAUACAUGUCAAAGAAGAGUUUCGAAAGACUAUCGAACAGCAUGAUAUCGGUGUUGAGCUGUGCCUCAGCUGUAAUGUGCAUGCUAAGAUGAUCACGGGUACUUACUCGGACCAUCACUUUGGAAUGUGGCGGCAAUCCAGUGUUCCGGUCGCACUGAGCACUGACGAUGUUGGUGUUUUUUGCAGUCCGCUCUCGCAAGAGUACUAUCUUGCAGCGCAGCACUUUGACUUGAGUCGUAACGACAUGAGAUUACUUUGCGAGCGCGCAAUCGAUUCAAUCUUUACCGGUCCGGAUGAACAUGCCCGUCUCAAGCAGAUCUACGCGACUUGGGACGGAUGGGUGUUGUGAAUCAACGCUGAAGCGACGAACAGUCACCCUGAAAUUUCUGUCCAGUCAAAAUGACCCCAAUAUGACGGAAAGUAUCCUGCCACGUCCUAUCCUAGAGUCAUCGUUGAGUACAAGAUCUUGCAUUACAGCUUCCUUCCCUCCAUCUUACAAUUUCUCUUUCGUAGAUAUCAUUACGCAGACACCGAUCGAUCAAAGUCAAUCUACACAGCUUAGCUGCAUAACGAAUCUUACACAGCCUACCC